CGCACACCGUACGGUAGAGGGGGCCAUAGCUCAGAGCUUAUGGUCUCACUCUGACUCGCAUGUUUGAGUCUACCCCGUUACAGCAUGGUACAAGUGAAAACCACCCCGCUUUCAGCAGCUCCGCCGUUAACACGGGCCAAAGUUAUCCCGGAAUAAGGACAGCACGCAUGUGCCGUAAACCCGGAUGUAGAUAUUUCUGUUCGCGUCUGUUCCCCAUUUCUCCAAGUUGUGACAAAUUUGCUGUAGUAUAAGUACAAAUGAUAUAUUUUAGAACCCGCUGGACAAAGCCUAACCAUUCCGAACCAGUCGAAACCAGGUUAAUCAGUCGUGACAUGUAUCACUUACGUGGAUGUCACAUAGUGACAGCCUCACAACAACAAUCUUUUACCGAAGAGCUGCACUGUUGAUAUACGAGUACAACUUAGAUGAUGGACUUUCGCGGCAGGAGGCAUGAGAGAGGCAGCAACUGGACCGACCCGGAGAUUGUGGAGCUGCUCCAGCUGUGGUCCGACGAGUCGGUUCAGAUUGAACUAGAGAGCUCAUUGCGCAACCAGCGCGUAUUUGACCGUAUUGCCCAUAUUCUGCGUGAAAAGGGCAUUUACCGCACAGGUGACCAGUGCAGGGAGAAGAUAAAAAAGAUGAGGCUGGAGUAUCGCCGCAUCAAAGAUAAUCACAAAAUGAGGACUUGGAAGUUCUAUGAUGUGAUGGACCGAGUACUGGCGAACCGACCUGCCAUUACCUACUCCUCCCUUGGUGGAGCUGUUAUAGCUCAGCAGGUGUUUCAGAACUCAGGUGGGUCUGACACCUACCUGCAAGGAGUUCCGGCAGGCUCAUUUGGUCCUGCUUCCUCGGGUGGGUUUUUGUUUGGUCAGCCCCCUAAAAUAGGAGAUUCGUUGGAUAUUAAAUGUGAGGAUGUUGAAGACAGCAUGUUGAGCUCCAGUGUUGCACCCCCCGAAAUGUAUUAUGGCACUGGAGAUGAGCAAGAAACUGAUGGACAGUCUCUGCUCGGAACAGAAGACACUCUGGGUCAAGCUGAGAGCUCAGCAAAUACAAGAAUCUCACCCUCAGGUUUUAGUGAUCUGAACAUUUCUGCCUCUGCGACAGCAUCCAGCCAGACUGUUGCUGGUCCACAAGACACAUCUGACCAGCCCAGUAAAGGGGGUUCUCAUCCUUCAACUUCUAUGAGACACAGGAAGCGUCGGCGAGGUGGGAAAACCUCGUGGGGCCAUGGGGGUUGUAGAUCUGAUGGUCAGGGAAAUCUUGAUAAAGCCCUGGUCAGCUUUCUGAGCUGGCAGCAGUCUGCAGAGGAGCGUCUCCUCUCCCUGGAGGAGGCGAGGUUGGACCGAGAGAUGCAGGCUGAGGAGCGUAGGGAGCAGCAGGAAGAGAGGAGGGCGGAGCAGGAACGUCAGCACGAGCUCCGUUUGUUCAGCAUGCUCACAGGGGUGUUGUUUGCUGUCAGACAGGGCGCUCAGGCCACAGCACCGCCUGAUCCCUGCGUGUCACCUUCAGCUCAUCUGUCAGCUCCACUGAUGACCACAGCCUCCCCCUCUGUCUCAUCAUCUUUAUCUCAGCCAACUGCAGAACCUCCCACCGUGCAGGCCGUCUCCACUCAGGAGACAAAAAAGUCACAGCUCACAUCUGUCACGGCCCACCAAAUGUCAGAGAAUGUUUCUGCACCACUGAGAGGUGCAGAGGCUCCUGGCCGCAGUGCGUACCUGUCCAAUCGUGGUAACAGCAUCCGACAGCAUCAAGGCAUUCUGCAGGAGGGUUUUUACCAGUAUGGAAUGGACAAACACCACCACACAGAUAACCCUGAUGGUAUACUCAACUUGGGUACCAGUGAGAACAAACUAUGCUACGAUCUCCUCCAUACAAGACUGACUGAACCUGACAUGCUUCACGUUGCCCCCUCCUUGCUGCAGUAUUCGGACUGGACGGGACACACUUUCCUGAGAGAGGAAGUGGCAAAAUUCCUGACUCACUACUGCUGCUCUCCAAAGCCACUGAAUGCUGACAAUGUUGUGGUGAUGAAUGGCUGUGGAUCCCUCUUCUCAUGUUUAUCUGCAGUAAUUUGUGAUCCGAAAGAUGCAAUCCUCAUUCCUACUCCUUUCUAUGGUGUUAUCACUGAGGAUCUGCACUUCUACAGUGAUGUAAAACUCUUCCACGUUCCUCUCGAUUGUGAGGCUGAUGGCAAAGAUGGCAAACCUUUCCAUCUCACUGCAGGGAAAUUAGAGGAAGGUCUUAAAAGGGCCAAGCAGGAGGGCGUUAAUAUUCGAGCUGUGAUUCUGAUGAACCCCCACAAUCCUCUGGCUGAGAUCUACACUCUGAAGGAAAUGAUUGGCUUCUUGGAGUUUGCCAAAAGAAACGAGCUCCAUGUCAUUGUGGAUGAAGUGUACAUGCUGACUAUCUUUGAUGAAUCUGUCACCUUUCAUAGUGUCCUUAGCAUGGACAGUUUGCCCGACCCACAGAGGACACAUGUGAUGUGGGGGAUGAGCAAGGACUUUGCAAUGUCAGGAAUCAGAAUAGGCACUCUGUAUACGGAGAACAGGGAGCUCGUGGAGGCUUUGGCCCAGCUGGGCUCCUUCCACGGCAUUCCUGGACCCUCGCAGCACCAGGUAGCCCAGCUGCUUCAGGACAGAGAGUGGAUCAACAGGAAGUUUUUGCCUGAGAACAGAUGUAGACUGAAAGCUGCUCAUAGCUACCUGACUGGGGAGCUGCGUAGUUUGGGCAUCCCCUUCCUGGACAGGCCUGCUGCACUUUAUGUGUGGGCAGACCUCAGAAAGUAUCUCAGGGAGUCAUCGUUUGAAGAGGAACUGUCUUUGUGGAGGCGUUUCCUUAGACACAAAGUGUUGUUGAGCUGUGGCCAGGCCUUCUCCUGCUCCACACCCGGAUGGUUCCGAAUUGUCUUUGCAGACCAACAGCAUCAUCUUCAGCUUGGCAUGAAGCGAAUUCAGAAGGCUUUAAAAGAAGCUGAAGAGAAAAGAACCAGCCCUAAUGCACACGCCAUCAAAGGGGCAGUUGAGGAAAGCAAAAAGUCUGUGAAGCAAGACAAUGCAGAGUCGGACAAUGCUGUGAUUAUCAAUUCAACAUCAUCACCCCAGAGCAAGUCAUCAGACCAGCUCAAAGAGAGGGAUAGCCCUGUCCCUGUCACUGGCUCACUCGACUCUGAGGAGUUUGUUUUGCUAGACUGCCAAACAUCUAAGCCCGCGGAGAGUCUGGACUCACUUAUUGGUACGCUCAGGCAGCAAAUCCAUUCAUCUGAUUGGCUGGAGAAAAAUACUCCAGAGCUUACUGCUGGAGAGGACCCAGAAAUUCUUGAUGUAUUCAAGGCCAUGCUGCAAAGAGCCAGAAAGUAAAAGCUUAGAAUAAACAUGCUCAAGUGUAGCUGCCAGAUUUCAAGAGGCAGUGCUUCUUGCUCUCUGCAUUUCGGGUAAAAAAUAAAAAGAAGGAAAGAAGCACCCGGCACAAGGUCAAGUGUGAUUACUGUAUGAAGGGUAAAUCAGCCGAGAAUAAGAUAAAGAAGGUAGGUGAAGAAAAUACAUUAGAAGCGAGGAUGAGAUGCAAGUACAGUAUACAUCUUGAAGUCUUACUGUGAAGCUGCUAAGAGAAAUUGCCUCCUUUUUAAAAUUUCUUUUAAACAUUUUAGAGUGUUUACCUUUAUUCAAAGUGAAUGCCAAAUAUAAUUCAACCAUGAUCAGCCAGGUUCUCUCCUCACUCAUAAUAAAUUAAUUCAUUUUGGUUGUGUACAGUUUAUUUUAUUAAAAUGAUUUGCUUCAAGUUAUUCAUUUGUGAAUAAAGGUCUUAAUUAUUUCCUUG